AUGAAUUCACUUGUGCCAAAAACCUGCUUGCUUAUAUUGUCAUCGAUCCGCCAAGUUUUGGGAGCCGGCCAUGGAGGAGGACCACUUCCACGACACCCUCAAGGACCCCCCGGGGGCUCGAUUGUCGCUAGAAGUGUAAUUGCCACCAACCACCAUGUAUGCUGUGCCUGGUCGAGAUUGGUCGAUAAGGGCAGCAGACUCUCCACCAUCCAAGGUGACAGCCGAAAGCCAUCAGACCCUGGAGUUCUUGGGCCAGUUGCUCGAACGCCGCACGGAGGCUGCGCCUCACGAGAGGCAGAACAAAGUCCGCAAAACGCCGGUGGAAUUGGGGCUUAUCCCCCUAAUGGCGGCGGGCGGAGACGUAAAAGGAUAAGGGUGAACGAGCACCGCAUUAAGUGCUAG